GCCCCGGCACCACUCACCCCCACCACCAGACAGUGUAUUAACAGCAGCAGCAGCAGCCACCAGUCGACUAGCAGUCGUAGCAGUGACAGCCUGGAGACGGAGGAGGAAACACGUCGCUCUCUCCGUCCACCUUACGUGUGUGUCUUGCGUUAAACAGGCUUGUUGAACCAUGAGGGCGGUGGUGGCCUUAUCGACCGUGGCGGUGGUGUUAGCGACUCUGGCUGCACUGACAGAAGGGUUCCAGCCACGGAGGAUUAUGUUUGCAAGAUGUUCCUCAGAAGACCCAGUGCCGCGGGGAGUGUUCAUGUCCUGUGCCAACCGUCGCGGGGUGUGUGAGGUUAGGAUCGGCCAGACUCACAUCCUACGCGCCAUCUUCAUCCCACAAAUCAACUCAACGGACGUGGACUCCUACGUAAGAUGGAACUCCUGGGUUGAACUUCCUUUACCCGAUCAGCGGCGGGAUGCAUGUGAUGGAGAGAUCAAUUGUCCUGUCGUGGCUGGAGUGGCAACGCAGUUCACUUACUCUCUCGACAUCCAAGACUUCUGGCUCAGGGAUGAAUACCCUGUGAUAUGGUCGCUUACAGACAGGGAAACAGACACACCCAUCGUCUGCUUUAAGUUUAAGAUCAACAUUGUAUAGCCAAACUGUGAAAAAAAGACGUGGAAUUAGUCUCUCUCUCGUCAAUUAUUUUCCUUAUUACAUAAUACUCCACUAACCUUGUAUGAUGUACAGCUCUCACCGCCUCGACUAUGUAUACCUCGCCAUCAGUACAUUCCUAAUAAUUUGAGCUGUACACUAUUAGUGAUUUGGUAGCUGUUAGGGAAUCAGUCUACACUAUCUUAGCCAAGAAUUGCAAGGGCAGUUGAUCUUAUGACAAGUUCCACCUCAACCCUGGUUCAAUUUUUUUUAUAGAAACUUUCGUCACACCUCACAGGCGCCAAUUAACGUAACCCUCAAUGCUUCAUUUCAUGUGUUAUGUGUGGGAUCAUGGGCUCAACCUGUAUGGUCCUUGUGACUUCACUAUCUAUGCAAGUAAAAUGUAGACUAAAAGAUUAUCAAUAUUGUUAAUAAUAUGAUUUCAAAACAAAAUUAUUUACACAAGUACUAAACUGAAGAAAAUGGAAAUAAUCAGUAAACUGUCAUUCCAGUUAUUCUAAGCUCACUCCCCAUCUCCCAAGGAUAGUUCUGAUCAUGCCAAGCACAUGUAUUAAAGAGAAUUAAGUGUACAGGCAAUGACCUUAACAGCCUUGCUCUUACUAACUUGGAAUGACAAUGUAAGAUGAGCAAGACAGGGUUAUGUAUGGUAGAAAGAAAUGGUGAAAUAUGACUUGGAAAAAGUGAAAUAUUGGGAAAUGGAUACACCAUAUGGACUUUUUGAAACCUAUUACAUGUAUUUUUGGUCACAAUACACGAUAACAUCAGA